ACAAUGCUUUGAAUAAUUCUUUUAACUACAGUCUUGUAGACCCAUUUUCCAUGACCCAAGUAGUACCAUAAUACCAUUCUUUCAAUUGCUUACCAGAACAAGCAUGGAAGCUACGGGGGAAAAAGCAUGGCAUUCUCUGCAUGUGGUUCGGAAUAUGGAAGCAAAUUCUAUGCUAUUUAUGGCAUAACAACCACCUUGGGUCUUCUUAAUCCCUAUGCAAAUCCAAUCUAGAAGAUUAACCAUGUCCCUAUGUAAGUACCCUGAGGCUGAAACAGUACCCCUUUAUAUACCCUUCAAAUCUAUUGACAUGUUCACCCUUGGAGGAAAGCAUUUUUGUUCUUAUUUUGCUCCAUCUCUGUAUAUCAUCACAACUUCCAAAGGCUUACUUACUUUAAUAUAUCUCUGAUUCAAGUGGUUCUGUGAGUUUUCUUGUUUUAGUCUGAGGCUUUGAGUUUUGUUUGAUAGAUAUGCCAAGGGCAAAUUGCAGUUUCUGAUUUGUUGAAACUGCAAAGAUUGAAUUUAGAACUGAUAGAAGAGUUACCAUGUGUAUCAAACUAGCAUUAGAAUUGGUCAUGGGUGUUUGUUUUUCAAGUUCUUAUACACUACUAGAAACUAGAAAGAAGUGAUUGGAAUUUCAACUACCAUUGUUGGUUUAGAGGGCAGAGGCUCCAUUGAGUUAAAAGUAAGAAAGCAAUUAAAGGCCUUUGAAGUGAAUUCGGAUAAAUGGUUUCUUCUGUAUAUACCCUUAUGUGUGUUCUUCAUUCCACAAUAGCUCUUACUUGUGGAGCUUUGAUGAUAUUCUACUCCAAAGAGAUCUCUGUGCUUGGCCACGGAUCGGAGACCGCGAGCAAGCUUCAAGGGACAACACCCCAUGAUCAGCUUCUGAUUGACACCUCUGAUUCCUUCUCUGGCUUGUUGUUGUUCACAAUAGGAUUCCUUCUCUUGAUGGUUGCUUUUGUUAAGGACAGAGACUUUCAGAGUUUCUUUGCCAAAGGGUGUGUGAUGCUUCACAUUUCCAUGGCAGUAUGGAGAUUCUUCUUUGAGAGGAAGCUUGGGGAUCUUGCACAUGAGUGGCCUAGGCAUGCUGUUGGGGAUAUUGCAUUGGCCUUUUCAUGGGUCUUUUUUCUUGUGUACACAUGGAGAGAGAAAUAUGAUUAGUUAAUUUAUUUUAUAAUUUUGCAAGUUUUGGUGCUUCUGGUUGUAGAAACAACAUGGCCCCAAGAAAGGUUGUUUUAUUUUAGUUGGAAGGAACCAAUAUUUUCUGGGUUGUUUCGGCAUUUCAAAGGGACAAAUGGAGUUCAAAUUGGCCUUGUGAAUGCUCAAAUUCUUGACAUAAAUGGAGAACCAUUAUAUGAGUUCUGUUCUUCUUCAAAGAGAGAAUGAAAGAGGUUGUUGAGUCAACUUUCUGGUUCUUCGGUGCACAGAUUCAUUAUUUAGAAUCUGUAUUGGCAACUUUUCUUGAUUGCUUUUCAAUUGGGAGCUCCAGUAAUUAGUGUAAACUUCAUUUUCUACAUUGAGUCCUUAAAAAAAUGUACAAGCUUUUUACCCUGUUUCUGACUUCAAUUGUGAAAUUUCUGAAUGUAUAUUUUUCUUGUUUUGCAUCCAUAACAUUGCUGAGCUCCAGUAAUUAGUAUUUGGAAUAUUGCUGAGUCUAAUCUCUAGGGAGGUAGCAUCCUUAUGUAGAGAAAAAUACCUUCUUUCCAAGUUGAGAGAGGAUAACAAGGAAUUUUUCUCUCUUUUUUA